CCAUGACAGCCUCUAGACAUAACCUCUGUUUAAUUAUUACAGAUUUCUGUAGUUAUGCCUUACUAUAAAACACUCGAAUUUCGAACUCAGCCACCUCUGUUUCUCAGGUCAACGAUCCCUCAAGCCUCCACCACAAAUCUAACAAACCAAUCCAGAGAAUCCCCAAUCCAUUUGUUGGUUUUGCUCCUCACCAAUUGAUCUUAAAUGGGUCGGAAGCCAAGUGAUUCCGAGCAAACCCGUUGGGCGUCUAUGGCCCUCCUCUUGAUUGGUCUGGCCUCUUGUUCAGUGGCCUACAUGUUCCUGUCAGGGGUGUUGAGACCCGCCAACAAUUCUUCAGUUUUAAAGAUUGAGUCUUUGGAUUUUGAUGGUAGUGGUGGUGAAUUGAGUGAGUGUUGUAGAGGAAUUGAGAAUUUAGAGCUUUGGGGGGCUGCUGUGAAGUGGGGUACAGAAUUCAAGUUCAAUUCUUCUGAGGGUUGUUGUAAAGCUUGCAAGGCCAUGUGUAGUGGUAAUGAUGGGCCUUGUUUGUGUGAUACAUGGGUGUUUUGUGGCAAUCGAGAGGCUUGUGGCUCGAAAUUCGGAGAGUGCUGGCUGAAGAAACAGAAGGAUGCCUUGACUCCUGAUCAGCAGGAAGCAGGAAACAAAGUCAUGUGGACUUCUGGCGUUAUUUUUGGAAAAGGACAGGGCAUUAUUGGCUUGGAAACAGGAUAUGGUACUCUUCAUAUAAAGCUUUUGCCCGAGUGUGCCCCGCGUUCAGUUGCCUAUAUUCUUGAGUUGCUGAGUUUGCGCCAUUGCGCGGGUUGCCACUUUUAUCGUGCAGAAAGUCGGGGGCAAUCUUGGGAUUCAGAAGGAAACCACAUAAAAGAUGCUUCAUUUGGCCCUCCAUUUGCACUCAUUCAAGGAACACUUGAAGCCCAAGGAAGCACAUUCAACAAGAUUCACACCGAGGUCUGUCCAACCAUAAGAAGAGGUUCCGUUGCAUUGGUUGGUUCUGGUCCUGAAUUCUUCAUAAGCUUAGCAAAACAUACAGAGUGGGAAAAGUCCUACACUGUUUUUGGUACUGUUCUUCCAGAAGACAUGGUUAUUGCAGAGAAAAUUGCUCAAUUGCCCACAAAACCAGAUGUUUGGAACCACAUUAAUGUUUCAGUCUUGGAAAAGCCUGUACCCUUGUGGUUUCGAAGAAUAGAACGUGUCAUGAAGAUCUAAAUAAAGCUCAACGUCAAUGGGGGAGCUGAUUGAAUUGGUUGUUCUUCUGCUUUGUAUUGGGGGCUUCUGGUAUUGUGUAAUUUGCCCCUCAUUUGCAAGUCCUCUUUGUCAUACACCACCUUUUAUUGUACUCAAUUUUGCAACCAUGUAGAGAAUUCAGAAAGAUGACCUUAUGUUUUCUAAGUUCUACAGGCAACAAUAAUCUCAUCCUCUGCUUCCUUAUUGUUCAUCUGGAUCUCCAUGUGCAAAUAUUGUUCUAAAUUUGAGUGAUGACGUGCUUGCAUUCCAAUGCAAUAAGGUGUAAAGCUACGUGUUUCAUUGUC